AUGCAGUGUCCCUGUACGGUGGCUGGUACCAAGCGGACUGCCCGUAAAUCCACCAGUGGUAAAGCACCCAGGAAACAACUGGCUACAAGAGCCGCGCAUAAGAGUGCGCCCUCUACUGGAGGGGGGAAGAAACCUCAUCGUUAUAGGCCUGGGACAGUGGCUCUCCGUGAAAUUAGACGUUAUCAGCUUCUGAUUCGCAAAUUUCCUUCCCAGCGUCUGGUUCGAGAAAUUGCUCAGGACUUCAAAGCAGCUCUGUGCUUCCUGAGCGCAGCUAUUGGUGUUUUGCGGGAGGCAAGUGAGGCCUAUCUGGUUGGACUGUUUGAAGAUACCAACUUGUGUGCCAUCCACGCCAAACGUGUAACAAUUAUGCCAAAAGAUAUCCAACUAGCACGCUACGUACGUGGAGAACGUAUUUAAGAGUCCACUAUGGUGGGAAACAUUUCAUUCUCAAAAAAUUUUUUUUCCUCUUCUUCCGGUUAUUGGUAGUUUUGAAUUUUAGUUGUUUUUUGUUUUUUUCCAUGGGGUCAAAAGGUACCUAAGUACAUGAUUGCGAGUGGAAAAUGGACAGAAAUCAGGUAUUGGC